AAGAAUAUAAUUAUCCCUAAAAGUGACUUUAGUUUAAUUAAAGAUUCAAACUUUCACCACUAAAUUAGAACCAAAUUCUACAUUAAUAAAGGGUUUGGGUUUGAAUAAUUAUAUCAUUUUAAUUUAAUAAAUUGAGAACUAAGGUUACCUACGUUGGGUAAAGGGGGGAGGCACAACUCCGACAGAGGGGGGGUGGUCGGCGUCAAGUUGGGGCUGCGCAUUCUCCUCUUUGUUCUGCUCUUUGUGGGCGGAGAAUGUAGGUGGUUGCGCACUUGCGCUUUAUCUUUCCCUUGGUUGUGGCGUCGCCGGCAAGAUGGUGGGCGGCAAUUAGAUGGUGGCCUUAAAUUAAUUGGCGGCAACGGUGUCCUGUGACACCUCUCUCUUCCGAUUUCCUCUCUCCCGAGCCUUCGUGGUUGAAAAGAGCUAUUACCCCUAAUUUGGUUGAAAAUUACCCAAAAGCGGUAGGCAAUAUUUUCCAAAUAAAUUUUGAAUUGGUUGGGUUAUUACCGAUUGUCUAGCAGUCGGUAAAGUUGCUCUAACGUUCGUUAUUUUACCGACUGUUUUGAAGUAUUCAAAGCGGUCGGUAAAAUUAUUUUAUACCGUCCAUUUGUUAAACGGUCGGUAAAUUUUUUUAACGUACAUCCACUUCAUUAGCAGUCGGUAAAACUGCGUUUUCUUGUAGUUUACUAUUUAGCUAUUUCAAUGGCAAGUCUGGUUAAAUCGUGUAACGAGUCGCCAAAGGUCGAGCCACUAACAAUUCGUGUCGGGUUAUAAUCGAGUUAGAUCAUUGCCUUGUCGAAUUAGAUUCGGAUAAUUGUCCAAUCGAGUCUGUUCUGUUAUCGAUCAUCUUCUGAUCAGGUGUUGGUUCGUAUUCGGAUCAUACAGUAUCAGGUCAAAUUAGGUAUCGAUUUUGUCGGGUCGGAUACGAUCGAAUUACCAAUUUCCUAUUUAAAAAAAAAAAAAAAUUGGAUCUCAGCCAAUUACAAAUUUAAAUCGGCUUAGAUCGGAUUCUCGAGUCUGGACAGUUUAUAACAGCUUACAUACAAGUUACAACCCCUUCGUGGGAAGCAAGUAUAAGCUAUGGCAAUCGCGCAACUCUCAAAGCGCACAGUCUUUAUUAUCUUUUGUUAUUUAGUUACUUUUGUGUAGUCCUAAAUGGUACAAGUAGUAGUAUAUAUUACUGAAAAGACUACCACGCCAAAAACCCAUACUCUGAAAUCUUCCCCCACCAACACCAAGGCCAACACCAUUCCCAAAUACCAAAACCCACUGCACAUGCCCCCCUCCCCUCCAUUUCCCAAACCCCUUUAUCAUCACCUUUCUCAAGAUCACCCCUCUUUCUCUCUCCCCCUCCUCCCAACACCCUUCUUCAUCAUCAUCUCCACCACUUCUCAUUACAUUACCCUUCUUUUAUUUUCUUAAAAAAAAUAAACCACGUACCCCCAUUUUAUACUUGUCCAUCUAUAACACCCAAGUAUCCAACACUCUCAUAUCCAGUUUGAAUCAACAACGGAACUUGUACCAUUAUUACCACUACUAGAUACUAGUAGUUUGGCUAAGUGCCUCCAUUGAUGAAAUACAAAAAUCUACAAAUUAUUUUUUAUUAUUAACCAGAGAUGAUCACUUUGUUGGAUUUUUACCACGUAAUGACGGCCAUGGUGCCGCUUUACGUGGCAAUGAUCCUCGCUUACGGUUCCGUUAAAUGGUGGAAAAUCUUCAGCCCUGAUCAGUGUUCCGGGAUUAACCGGUUCGUUGCUUUAUUCGCGGUUCCCCUUCUUUCCUUCCACUUCAUUUCCAGCAACAACCCGUACCAAAUGAACAUGAGGUUCAUCGCGGCAGACACUCUCCAGAAGGUCAUCGUUCUGGUGGCGUUAGCGAUCUGGAGUAGAGUAAGCAAGCGGGGUUCCCUCGAGUGGACGAUCACUCUGUUUUCUCUCUCCACUCUGCCGAACACCCUCGUUAUGGGUAUCCCUUUAUUGAAAGGGAUGUACGGGGAGUUUUCCGGUAGCCUAAUGGUACAAAUUGUUGUCCUACAAAGUAUCAUUUGGUACACAAUGAUGCUUUUCUUGUUCGAGUAUCGAGCUGCCAAGAUGCUUAUUUCCGAGCAGUUCCCAGACACCGCCGCCUCCAUUGUGUCCAUCCAUGUCGACUCCGAUGUGGUGUCGUUAGACGGGCGGCAGGUGUUGGAGACGGAGGCGGAGAUUAAAGAGGACGGGAAGUUACAUGUGACCGUACGAAGGUCGAAUGCCUCACGAUCGGAUAUUUACUCUAGGAGGUCUCAUGGUUUUUCUUCGACUACUCCUCGGCUGUCGAACUUAACCAAUGCGGAGAUUUACUCUCUUCAGUCGUCGAGAAACCCAACCCCUCGUGGGUCGAGUUUUAACCACUCUGACUUCUACUCGAUGGUAGGCGGUGGUGGCGGAGGUGGUGGUGGUAGUGGAGGAGGAAGGAGAUCAAACUUUGGUGCUGGGGAUGUUUAUGAGUUGGGAUUGACCACAUCUAGGGGUCCCACUCCAAGACCCUCUAACUUUGAGGAGGAUAUUGUAGGAAAUAAUAGUAACAAUAGGCCACAACCGAAGUAUGCGCAAUAUCCUGCGCCUAACCCUGAAAUGUUUUCUCCUACUAAAAAAGAUGGUAGUGUUAAAUCAACAUCAAUCGGUACUACUACUACGACGACGAACAACAACAAUAACAAUAGUAAUAAUAAUAGUAAUAGUAAUGUUGCGGCAACAACGACGAAGAAGGUUAAGGGAGGAGAAGAAGCUGGGGAUAAGGAUCUACACAUGUUUGUAUGGAGCUCAAGUGCUUCACCAGUAUCGGAUGUAUUCGGUGGGCAUCAUGAUCAUGAUCAGAGCAUAAAGGAAGUUCGGAUGAAUGUGUCCCCCGGUAAAGGUAAGGGUGGAAGAGAUAAUAAUCAAGAAGAGUACUUGAAUGGAGAUGAAUUUACCUUUGGAAAUAGAGGAUUAGAAGGAGAAAUGAAAGAACAUCAACAUCAAGGUGGGAAAGUGGACGAUGGAAAGCCCAAAACAUUGCCACCAGCUAGCGUUAUGACAAGACUCAUACUCAUCAUGGUUUGGAGGAAACUCAUUCGAAACCCUAACACUUAUUCAAGUUUAAUUGGCCUUACUUGGUCUUUGGUCUCAUUUAGGUGGCACAUAGAGAUGCCGGCCAUUAUAGCAAAGUCGAUAUCGAUAUUGUCCGACGCAGGUUUGGGCAUGGCCAUGUUCAGUCUAGGGUUGUUCAUGGCAUUGCAACCAAGGAUGGUAGCAUGUGGAAAUUCGAUAGCAACAUUCUCAAUGGGAGUAAGAUUCCUAACAGGCCCAACUGUCAUGGCUGCUGCUUCUAUUGUUGUUGGCCUCCGCGGCAAUCUUUUACAUGUUGCCAUUGUCCAGGCAGCACUGUCACAAGGAAUAGUUCCGUUUGUGUUCGCGAAAGAAUAUAAUGUACAUCCUGACAUUCUAAGCACGGGAGUCAUAUUUGGAAUGCUAAUCGCGCUACCUAUUACACUCAUCUACUACAUUUUGUUGGGUCUAUAGGCUUUGUACGUUUCGUUGUAUGUAAACUUUAAGACUAUUUAAGAGGUUAAUUCGAUAUCGUGCUAGGAAGUAAGUAAGAGGUGAAAAUCAAUGGAUUUUAUGAGUUUCUUUCUUUUAAAAAAAUAUGUAAAAUUAUGCAUGUAGUCCAUUUAUUCAUAGAGAAUGGCCAAAUUUUAGAAUA